AUGAAUGCAGACAAUUCCCCAACAAGUAGCGAUUCGUCAGACUACGCUGAACUCGCAUCAUUGGGAGAACUACAAGCAAAACUAGAAGAAUGCGAAAGCGAUGAUAAGAUUUCACAAACACCACAAGUUUCUUCUUCAUCUUCGUCUUUAAAACGUGCAAAAAAAAUUAAUGAUGAUUGCUCAGUGCCUAAAAAGACGAAAAGAUUGCAGCAACAAGCAGCAGUAAAAGCUCCAACUCGUGUAGCAACACCAGAUACAGUCAAGAGUGUGCCAAGAAAAAUGGGCCAACCUAAGAUCUUGAAUACAAUUGCUUCUAAUUCUGAAGACGAGUCAUUGCAUUCAACUCCUAAUAAGAAGCAAAAACAUUCAAAUUCCAGCGAUAUGCAAUCGUCUAAAGCACAGUCACAGGAUAGUCAUGAAGUUGAGGAAAUCUCAACAGAAAAUGAAAAUCCUGAAGCUCAGGAACAUUUGUCUGAUAAUUUUCUAUCAAUUCAACCUGAUAAUGAAUCUCAUCAUAAUCUUUCUGGUUCAAAGAAAGAUGACAUCGAUGGGGAAAGCAGACAACUGGAAUUGAUUUCUGAGGAAACUGAAUCGUUGUCUGAAGAUGAAGUUGAAGCUAGUGAAACAUUUGAUCAAACCAAUACCAAGAAAUCUAAUAAUUUGCAAAUAUCUUCAAGUGAAGAUGAAGAAGACGAUCGCAUUGAAAUGGACUCUGGCAUUACUGAUGGCUUUUUAUACGAUCCCAAUGAAACCGGCACUCAUGGUUACAAAUUGAGAGUUCGAAGACUCGCACGUGCCUGGUGGGACCACAGCACCGAUCAACCACACUAUUACAGAUGCAAGAUUCCGAAAGUCAAGCGAUUGGAACGAGAACAAGAAGCAAUGAAGAAUUUAAAAAAAGCCCACAUUUCUUCAACAGCUUUCAAGAAACUUAGAGGAUACUCGCCACCACUGUUUGCCUCGAAGGUCGACAUAUGGAAUGAAGUUAAAGACGUUAAGAUAGAACGAAAGCCUUUACUUCAUCAUCAAUUCUCAAAAUUCAUUAAACAAAUUGCUGGACGAGAAGAAACGGAAUAUUUGGACGACUCACAAGUUUUGAAUGGAAGUGAUUCAAUUGAAGAUUUGACAUUUAACUUCGUCGAAGAUGGAGUUUCUCAUGCCUGCAUCAACGAUACUAGUUACUAUCUUAAAAUACAUGCGAACAAAUAUAAAUCGGAGGCACAAAUCAACGAAAAUUGUUCAAUGAGCUUGUUCUUGUUGAAAAGCGAAGUCAAUUUACAUGUCAAUGGUGAAUUAUUGAAACUGAAACCUUUCCAACAUUUCUUCUUAAAAUCUGGUGACACUUAUGCAAUUAAUAACGUUUCCAAUGAAACUGCAGUCAUUCAUGUGAGUGCCAGUGACGGAUUAUAA